ACUGUGACCACAAUUGCUCCGCACAUCUCUGCCAUCGUUCUCAAGAAACAAGUGGUAUUUCCAGGAGUUUGGAUAAUGGUCGACUGGGACGCAAUAAAUAAGGUGUGGGCAGGUGCGGAGGGGGACCUGCCCGGUCUCGGGCAAGUGGUUCUCUACAGGUUAUUCAAGGAGCACCCGGGCGCUCAAAAGCACUUCCCCAAGUUCAAGGACUUGACUCUUGAUCAGGUGGAGAAAAGCGAUGCUGUCCGCAACCAUGGCAACACUGUGCUCCAGGCGGUGGGCAAAAUGUUGAAGAAGAAGGGUGACCAUGCCGCCGAGGUGAAGGCAAUGGCAGAGACUCACAUACACAAGCACAAAAUCCCACCAGCCAACUUCCCUUUGAUCACCGGCAUUAUGUUGACCGUCCUCGCUGAGAAAUUCCCAAGCCAGAUGACUGGACCUGUAAAGGAUUCAUUCGCGAAGGCGUUUCACACAAUCUGCGCCGACCUUGACAAACUGUACAAGGAAGCGAACUUCCAAGGCUAAGCUACCACCCUCCUGAAUCGAGCUCCUAAAUAACAGUGUAUUAAAUAGUGUGACGAUAAUAGUUCGGGCGAAGUAGCUGUUUAGACUUUAAUUGAUUGUAGAUCUUUUGUUUUAGUUCACAAUAUUAUGUUUUCUUUGUGAAUGAGCCUACAACAUAAUUAAUGUAUGCAAAUGCAGUUAGACCAUUAACUACUUUCGCAUUCAUACAUAUCUGAAUUAACAUUAUUCUCAGCCGGUGUACCACUAUUGUACCACUAAAUUCCCAUGCCGACAUAGAGCCCGGCUCUGGGAUCCCGCAUUCAGAGUGAGUAUGGAUGGCUGAGCCCACAUCAGGACAUCCACCUGCGCUAAGACUUAGUACAGUUAAAUCUGAUCACUGCUCUCCAAAAUAGGUCAUGAAGUUUAAAUGUGUGGCUAGAAUUGAAACUAAUUAGAUAACAGUGUCCAUCAGGUAAGACUCUGUUCACUCUCCUCUGUAAACUGUAGGUGGAAUGAACAGAGAUUCCCACCAUCAUAUAACAUGUUCAUGAACGAAUUCAUCGCCCUGCACUUAUAAACGGGAAAGCUGUGUGCAUUCAUUUCCCACAACAGGACGCUACCAAGGGAGCCAUCCAGGAAUGUGUCCUGCUUUGGCCUGGGUGGGAAGAUGGUUGGGUUCAAGACUUACUCCCCACAGUCUAAGGUGACACGCCCACUGUGCACGCACGGCACUUCGGCAGAAGUUGCAUUUCAGAUCAUACGCUGUAACAAUGUCUUGUUUGCCCUCUGGUAAGAUAUAAACAUUUAUAAGGCAAUUAAUGUGUUUGUAAAAACUCGGAGCUGCUAGGCCUGGUUAAUAUUUAUCUUUCAACUAACAUUGUUUGAGGAACUUUGCACGAAGUUCUACAUAACAACAGCGAUUCUACUUAAAAAGGACUUAAUUUUCCCAAAUUAAAGAAAUAUGCAGUAUGUCCUCUUUUCCUUAACUAUCCCGGAGAAACUGAUGAUCAAAUAUGGCAAAGUUAUUCCGGAUUUAGAGAAUAGACCCGAUGCCGAGAGUUGAAGUAGGACUGUGUAACAGAGAGAGAGGUAUUAUCUUGGCACAUGUCCAGUUCAAACUCCAUCUCUCAAAUACGUUUAUUUUUGGGUAUUGCUUUUAAAAUAUUAAUUAGAGAGAUAUUUUAAUUCCUUAUAAAUUUUAGUAAAUCGAGAUCAGCCAUUCUUCUAACAUUUUCAGAAGCGGAAUCAGUUUUAAUUGAAAUCCUAAAACCUUUUCUGGGGAUAUUUUUGGGGAGGAUUAGAAUAUUGCCUGAUAGACCGGGCAGGUCUUACAUACUGCUGGUGUCAUCAUUUACAAGUAAGCAGGAACCGUUCCUUAUAUGCAGAGCUCCCGGGUUUUGCUGAACGAGUAAAUAAUGAACAAAACAUUUUGGGAAUAGAUACUUUGAUUCUGCUCGUCUACUUGCAUGUAAACAGAUCGAGUCGUGUAAUGUACAACUUAUAAUUUUUUUAGCAGCAGAAUAUGUUAACUCCAAUUCUACCUUCUCUAUACACAGAAACAAACACGUAGCUUGCCUGGGCUAUAGAUAUAAUAUUGUAGGGUAACAUAAUUGGUGGAAACGUUCAGAAUUCACAACCACUGAUGUUGGGUUGGGGUUCACUAUAAGAGGCGGGUCUGAUGUGAUGAGUUAAUUACGUUAAGGCCUUUUACUGCGCUUCGUGUUCAGUUUUUGGUGUUCAAUAAAUGAGUUGCUACGGCUUUUCUUAAAACAUAAAA